AUGUCGAUUCCGCCGAGCUCGCCUAGGCUUCCUAGCCCGCCUCCUCCAGCCGAGAUCCAGAUCGGGCCCAAAUCGCCCUUGGUCGGUCCCAAUGCCACGCGCCAGGCGCAACAGAUCGAGCAGCCCGUCAUAGAUGCGAACGCCAAGCGGCGCAUCCACCCGGGCACCCGAUCUGACGACAUGGCCGCCGGGCCCCCGUUAGUUCCGCUGCACGAGCUCGACUCGGCCUUCCAGCUGCAAGAACACCUGGCUGCCCUCCACUACCACCACACGGCCGGCAACACGUGCGCCAUAACGCGCGAGACGGCCAAGACGCUGGCUACGUCGCCGCCUGGCAUUGACAAGACCUUGUGGCUGUACGAGCUGUGUCGCUUUCUCAUCGCCCAGUGCAAUAGCCUCAUCGUCGGCUUCUUGUUCGACACGCCGCCCUGCAGCGCCGCCACAUGCCCCGAGAUGCGCGCAAGCGAGUGGCAGUUCCUGUGCGCCGUGCACGACACCCCAAAGAGCUGCUGCGCCAUCGACUACUGCUGCCACACCCUGGACUGGGCUGCCAACGUGGUGACCAACCCCAAGAUCUUUCCCAGCCGUUUUGUCGUAGACGCCCACGACAAAAAUACGGCCCUCAAGAACCUAGUCAAUGUCUUCCGCCGCCUCCACCGCAUCUUUGCCCACGCCUGGUUCCAGCACCGCGGCGUCUUCUGGUCUGUCGAGGGGCAAACGGGGCUCUAUGUCCUGUUCAAGACAGUUUGCGACAUCAACGACCUCUUGCCUGCUGAGAACUACAAGCUGCCGCCCGAGGCCGAAGGCCUGGAGAGCGCCCCGAGUGGGAAUGCGCUAGCAGACGGUGGUACCGACCGGAAGCAGCAGCACCCACCACAAAUCGUGCCUACGUCCAUCGCCAAGCCUCCCGCGCAGCGAGGAGAAGCCGAAGACGAGAACUUCAAUCUCGUCGGUAGGACCAAUACGAGGAGGCAUAUUAAGAGUAGCCCCUCGGUUGGUAGCGCAGUAACCACGGUGUUGGAGGCAGACGAAGACGACACGGCCGAUGUCACGAGC